AUGUCUGGUCUUGUUUUACCUCAAUUGUUCGUUUAUCCUACCAGUUCACAAGUUGUCCCGGUGAAAAAAAAUGCAUCAGUUCCUUAUAUUCCUCCCGAAAUUAUUCGCAUUAUUCUUGGUUUAUUAAGGGACGAUAAAAAAACCCUCGCUGCUUGUGCUUUAGUAAAUCAUACUUUUAACCUUCACGCUACUACAAUUCUAUAUCAAACUGUCGCAUUUACUUUUCCUCAUACGUUUACACUUUUCAUUAAUGUCACGAAUGACAUUAAAAAGCGUUGUUCUCAAACGAUUCGCCAUUUAGAUUUUUCCAGCUUCUCUACCUGCGGCCUACAAAAAAGUUCUUUUGAAACUCAAAAGGUCGUAACUCCUGAACUUUUAAUUCAUAUUCUAAGAUCUUUUCCUGAAUUAAAAACUUUUUCCGUAUCUGAGUCUUUGGAAUCUGUAAUUACCCUUGAUGUUUUAAAGGUCUUAUUUUUAGAAUGUAAAAGCAUAAAAACUAUUGAUUUUUGCGGAUGUUCUAGUAAACAAUUCAAUAACGUUUUAAGCGAAUUCUCUAAUCUAAUUGGUCGCGUUAAAAUAGAACAAUAUUACAAUGAUGAUGAUGAGACAAUUUCUUUUCGUAUGGCUUGCAAACCUUUAUUAUCUCAUUUACAAAGGCUUUCAUUUCAUGAGUGUCCAAUAAUUUCUGAAUACUCAGCUAUUAUACCUCUUCUCGCUCAUUCUCCAAAUCUUACACAUCUCGAUUUGGGUGGCUGUUCUAUCAGCGAUUUAACAUUAAAAUUUUUAGCCGAAACAAAUACUCCAACAAGGUUAUCACAUUUAUCAUUGGCUAAAUGCAAAAAUAUUUCAUCCGAUGCUAUUUCAUCUCUUGUUUCUAAAUGUUCUCAACUGGAAACUCUUAACCUUUAUGGUGACAGAAAUCUCAAUACAGCUAUUAAUGAAUAUGAUUUAAUUACUAUAUUUCGUUCACCUAGCGCAAAGAAUUUCAAAACAUUAGAUAUUGGAUCUUCACAGAUAACACCAUUAAUUUUAACAACCAUUAAAGAGAAUUGUCCAUCUUUACAAAAUCUUGGUAUUUCGAAAGCGCAAAUAACCAAUUUAAAUCUUAUUAAAGAUCUUUUAACAGCCCUACCAAAUCUACAAUACAUUGAUCUUACCUCGGUCCCAUGUUUUAAUCCAUUAAACACGAAUUGUCUAUUAGCCAGCAUAAAAAAAAGUAACCAUCCUAUUCACACAAUUGAAAUGAGUGAGUCAUUACUUAAAAAACUUUACGCAGUUAAUGGAUGGAAGAUUAAUGUAAAUUAUGGUAGAAGAUGGUAUUACUAUCGUGAAAUUCAAGGAAGAACAAUAAGGCCUGACAGAGUACACGGUAGAAAAUUGGAUAUAACUGAAUAUGGACCAGAAUUUAUGAGCAACAUUUUUCAGUAUUAUGGUUUUGAUGCGUGA